UGUGUUUCAUGGACGCACGCGCGUGAUGUUGUAACUUUGAUUUCCGCAGCUCCAAAAGGGUCACGUUUGUAGGAGAAGCCUGUAAAGAGUUCAUUCGUUUCUUGAAAACGAUCUUUGCAACUGUUAUCGCACAGGUAAAACAUGCUCAGGACAGUGGUGUGCCGGGCAGGGAGCGGCCUUUUGAAGCAUUCACGGCAAACUGUGCCGGUCUUGUGGGGCACUAGAGCCCAGCAGCGAUGGGCUUCCAGCCUCCCAAUGAACACAGUGGUUCUGUUCGUACCCCAGCAGGAAGCUUGGGUGGUGGAGAGAAUGGGCCGUUUCCACCGAAUUCUGGAACCAGGUCUUAAUUUCUUAAUCCCAAUCCUGGACAGAGUUAAAUAUGUUCAAAGCCUCAAGGAGAUAGUGAUCGAUGUGCCAGAACAGUCAGCUGUUUCCCUUGACAAUGUGACACUACAGAUUGAUGGAGUUCUGUAUCUCAGGAUACUUGACCCUUUUAAGGCCAGCUAUGGAGUGGAAGACCCCGAAUAUGCCGUCACUCAGCUGGCACAGACAACCAUGAGAUCAGAGUUAGGAAAACUCACCCUUGACAAAGUCUUUAGGGAGCGAGAGUCCUUGAAUUCCAAUAUGGUCCAUUCUAUAAACCAGGCAUCAGAUGAUUGGGGCAUUCGAUGUCUGCGAUAUGAGAUCAAAGACAUUCACGUCCCCCCACGGGUUAAAGAGUCUAUGCAAAUGCAGGUUGAGGCAGAGAGGAGAAAGAGAGCCACUGUUCUGGAGUCAGAAGGAACCAGGGAAGCAGCCAUUAAUGUGGCGGAGGGUCGUAAACAAUCUCAGAUUCUGGCGUCAGAGGGAGAGAAGGCUGAACAGAUUAACAAAGCAGCUGGUGAAGCAAAUGCUGUUUUGGCCAGAGCUGAAGCAAAAGCCAAAGCCAUCAGAGUGCUGUCUGAAGCGCUCAGUCAGAAGAAUGGAAACGCUGCAGCAUCUUUAAGUGUGGCUGAACAGUACGUGUCCGCUUUCUCCAACCUGGCCAAGGAGUCCAACACAAUCCUUCUGCCCUCGAAUACAGGAGAUGUCAGCAGCAUGGUCACUCAGGCCAUGGCUAUUUACGGAAGUUUAGCCAAGACACAAGCUCAGAGCGCAACAGAGAAGACGACUCCUGAGACGACAGAGCUGCUGUUGGAUGUGAACAGCGCUAACGAAGAUGAAUCUGAACAGAAAUUUUGAUUCCUGAUAGCAAUUCAUUCUGGCAAAUGGAUAUGAGAGAUAAUCUGUUUAUACUUGACAUGUUUUGGUUGUAGAGAAGGCAAAGUGAAAAGAAUUUUACUGUUUGUGAGUGAUGUUGUGUUCCUCUUUUGUUUCUCAUUAUAAUAAUAAAUUUGGGAUAUUUUGUUUCUCCUUA